AUGGAUAAAUCCAAGACACGACCCCUCAAAUCAAUCCAUCUUAAGUCGCGUCCACUUACAACACAUGCUCUCGCAUGGUCUUGCGACGCUGAGCUUGCAGUUGCUACAGAUGACACCAUCUACAUAUUUCUCCCGGAGUACCCAAGGACCAGCGGCCCUGAUGAUGGCGCAGAAGACGACGAACUGCAGAGCCAGUACACGCUAUCGUACCGGGCCUCAGGCUUGAUCCGUCCAGACCCAACAUUGAAUGCGCAACUGUGUUCCUUCUCCGGUAUAAGAGUAGCGGGUCCACCAGCCAACGAUGAGAAUUGGUUUCCUGGGGUGGGAAGCGGACUCGUCACGGGCUCAGGUGCUCCAAUAUGUCAGAUUGUGAGGCUCGAAUGGUCGCCGAAUGGACUUGGAUGUAACCUGAGGCCUAUCCUAACAGCGCUGUCAACGAGUGGUUGUAUUUACGCUGUGGGCGAGCACAUUGACCGGCAGUCUGCCAUGAUUUCAGGGAUGCGAACCAGGGGUUUCAAAGCAUGGAAGACACUUUGGGGUCUAGGGGCACAGCUUCCACUACCCGAUCCCAACGAGGAGGAUGGUUAUCGGAACAUGAUUGAGCGAAUACAGUCUUUCUCAUGGGCCAAAGAAGUGGGUGCAGGCAGGGGUCUACUGGCAUACUGCAACGACGUGGAAGAAGUGGCUAUUAUGGCAGUACAACUCUUCUCUCGGCCUAAGGAGGAUGAACCUUCGAGCGAAGAGACUGUAUGGGACAUUCGGGAGGUUUCACGAUUCGAUGGGAGGGGAAGACACACUAAAGAAGACGCCUUGGAUAUAACAGAUCCAGACUACGUCCCUCACGGGAGUGCCUUUUCACUAAAAUGGAGUCCCUGGCUAAAUUUCGAAGGCAAACAAAUAGCUAUACUGGCAUACUUGGCAAAGAACCAUGUUGGAUUUCGAAAAGUCACUAUCGUGGGGGAAUGGGAUAGGGGUCAACGUCCAAAUAUCGAAGUCGAAAAGGCUGAUAUGACAGCUAUCUGUAUGUUUCUGUCAACAGACUCAUACAUCGAGUGGGAAGACCAGAUUGUAUAUGACGAUGAUAAGCCUAUAGCUCGGGGCGUGAUCGCUACACCGUUCGACGUGAAACCAUUCCAGGUUUCAUUUCUGGACUGUGAUAGUGAACCGGCUGGUGCUCACUAUACUUGGGAGUGCUCAACAACUUAUUCCAAAGAGGGCGAAUUAGUCUCCUCCAACCCUAUCUCUGGACUCAUGAUUCACGACCAAGGCGCAACAACAACAGGACCAGUUCCCUACUACUCUAUAGUCAGAUUGUCGGCCAUGGUGCGCAACCAGGAUUGGUUUCAGACAAAUCUUCCUGACGACGAGGCCGCUGUGCCCAAAUGGGCAGCAAGAAUCCGGAGACACACCACGAGACUCGUCCCAAGAUCCGUUGCUCUGGAAGGUCUAGAUUCAGAUUCAGAUGACUCAGAAGACGAUUUUAUGGAUGAGGAUACCACGCAACUGCAGGUUCCCGAAUCGAGAUAUCGCAUCUGGGGUCUGGCGCAUUCACCCGGUGGUGGCACAACAGCUGUUCUUGUAUCACGAUACAGCACUCAACAUCCGGAGAGAAGAGCUCUCUGCAAACUCAUGUUCUCGAGAAGAGAUGAAGAGCGUGGAGCUGAGGGGGGCACAGUUGUACCAUCAAAACGGUUGACAACUGAAGGGCAGGUCUGGGAGUGGAUGUACGGGAACGGUCCCGAAGUACUUGGCACGACGAUAACGAGCAAGAUAUCGCCAGAGCUCCACAACUCACCGUUAAGAGAGCAGUUCAGAAGCAUCGCAGCGAAUCAACAAUGUGUGUUUUGCGACAUGGCACUGCACUUGGAAGAGGAUGAAGCGAAGUGUGAGAACGGACACUUAUUCGCACGAUGUGCAUCAACAGGACUGGCCAUCAUGGCCCCAGACAUAUCAAGAAUCUGCGCCGUGUGCGAGCUGCGAUGUCUCAAGGUGGCGGAGUUAACCCGUGUUGCGGAGGAGCAUUUUGGGUCAGGAACGAGAGUUGAGUCUUCGGAUGAGGUUUGUGGUGGGUGUGCCGGUAAGUUUGUGGCCUGA